AUGACCACGGCUGUCGAGUACAAUGGCACGACUGGCACCGCCGACGCGGGCUACUCCAGCGAUGUCGACGACCUCAACAUCUUUUACGACGUACGUUCCUUGCAGACCCUCUCUUCUUAUCCAUCUCUUCUAACGAUUCAGACCGGCCACAUGACAUUCAUAGUCAUCUCCGCCUUGUUGGUGCUUCUCAUGAUUCCAGGUGUUGGCUUCUUCUACAGCGGCCUCGCCCGCCGCAAAUCGGCCCUCCAGCUGGUACUUCUGUCCAUGCUGUCCGUCGCCGUCAUCGGCUUCCAGUGGUUCUUUUGGGGCUACUCGCUGACCUUUUCGCGCACCGGCAACGCCUUCCUGGGCGACCUAUCCCAGUUUGGCCUGAUGAAGACGCUCGCGCAGCCCAACGGUGGCGACGCGACGCCCGACAUUCUCUUUUGCCUCUAUCAGGGCAUGUUUGCCGCAAUAACCCCUGCUCUUGCUAUUGGUGCCGUUGCCGAUCGCGGCCGCAUGCUCCCCGCCAUCGUCUUCAUGUUCAUAUGGUCGACCGUCGUUUACGACCCCAUUGCCUAUUGGACGUGGAACGCCAAUGGAUGGCUAAUGACGCUGCCUUCGUACGACUUUGCCGGCGGCGGCCCUGUACACGUCGCCUCGGGCGCCUGUGCCCUCGCCUACAGCCUCAUGCUCGGCAAGCGCGCCGGCUACACCCACAACCAGGGCCUGCCGUACCGUCCGCACAGCGUAACCAACGUUCUCCUCGGCACCGUCUUUCUUUGGGUCGGCUGGUUUGGCUUCAACGGCGGCUCUGCGCUCGCCAUGAACAUUCGUGCCAUCAUGGCCUGUUACGUCACCCACCUCGCCGCGUCCUGCGCCGGCAUCACAUGGGUCCUCCUCGACUACCGCCUCGAGCGCAAGUGGAGCACCAUCGGCUUCUGCUCCGGCGCCAUCUCCGGACUGGUCGCCAUCACGCCGGCCGCGGGCUUCGUUCCCACCUGGGCAGCCGUGGUGAUUGGCGUCGUCGGCGCCAUCUGCUGCAACUUUGCGACAAAGCUCAAAUUCCUCAUUGGCAUCGACGAUGCGCUGGACAUUUUUGCUGUGCACGGCGUCGGCGGCAUUGUUGGGAACCUCCUCACUGGCAUUUUCGGAGCAUCGUACAUUGCCAACCUCGACGGCAGCGAACACGCGGCCAUUGGCUGGAUCGAGGGUAACUGGGUGCAACUCGGCUACCAGCUGGCAGGCACCUGCGCGGCUUUUGGCUGGUCCUUUGUUCUCUCCUGCGUCAUCCUCUUCCUCAUGAACCUCGUGCCUGGCCUGUCGCUCCGCGUCAGCGCCACGGAUGAGGAUGUCGGCAUCGACGACGCGCAGCUCGGCGAGUUCGCGUACGACUACGUCGAACUUAAGCGCAACUUCAACGACCUAGGUGUGGCGACCGAUGUCUCGGCGUUGAGCAGCACAGAAAAGGUGGCAACAAAGGUUUGA